AUGUCAGAUUUCAUAGAUUACUUUAUUAAUGAUGAGUACUCCCUAAAACAAGUUUUACAUCACAUAUCUCUUAAGCCUUCCAACGAAAGUGCUCUAAUGAAGUGUACCUCAUUGGAUUCCACGCAGGCUUUACAUUCCAAUGGAACCCUUCGCUAUGAUGAAGCUUCCGGCCAAAAUAGUUACUCAACGGAACUUGUAGAGUAUACAAAUACAAGGGAACCAACCUAUUGUAGAAUGGUUAAUGAUGAGUCUCUGGAAUUAUACGAAAGACUAAUAGGGGUAACUAACAUUGAUGAAAUAAGCAAGGAUAUCGACAAUGAACUCUCGGGUCAUUAUUGUAAAAUAAACCAAUAUCAGAGCUUUUUUAUAGAUGUUACUAAACUUUUAAUAAAUAUGCCAAAAUUAGGCUACGAUUUAAUGGCUAGUCCACAAGUCAUACUGAAUAUGCUGGAUCAUGUUAUAAUUCCCAUCCUCUAUUCUAUGGUGGAAAAUAUAUGUAUUCAAUAUAACGUUAGUGACGUGUCCUCUGUAACGAAGUUCUACAGGACUAUACCAUGCCAUUUGUCAUAUAUGUUUAGAUCUAAGAAUGUUUCAAAUAUCCUACAAAAUGCACUUGAUAGAUUGGAUAUAAACAACAUGGGAAUUUAUGCUAACAAUUUCUCCAAUAACAAACCGUUUAAAUUUAAUAUUACUACGAGACUGAAAAAUGUUGUGCCAACUGCAGAUGUAUGGAGACAAUCAGUUAACGAGAUUCAAGAUGAUGACGUUGGUCAUAUGAUUACAGUGACCGCCACGGUCAUUUUAACUGGUGUAAUGAAUGUUUUAGAAGAAGAAAGGGAGUAUGUUUGCAAAAAAUGUAACAAAUCAUUCAUUUGUAAAAGUCUUCCGGAAUCGAAUUUUUUCGUUAAUAUACCAGUAAAAUGUCCGAACUUUACUGGACUGUCCGGUAAUAAUGGACAAAAAUGUGAUGGCACCUUAUUUGUAAAAGGAAUUUACAAUAGACGAUCUGAUUACCAAGAAAUUAGGUGUCAAUCCGUCUUCAAUCCAACGAACUAUAUGAACGUGAAUUCAAUUAUGCCAGCGGUAUUGAGAAGAGAAAUUGCCGGUACAUGUUUUCCUGGUGAUAUUGUACAUAUGGUUGCAUUUGUUCGUCGAAGAUGGAAAAAACUAAAGCGUGGAGAAAGAUGUGAUUCUGAAAUAUUUUUGGAUGUUAUCAACUUGGACAUUGUUAAUUGGAAAAGUUUGAAUAGUGUUAAUGUAUGUGAAGUAUUUAAAGCCAAUUUAUAUGAAAGAUUCUGGUCGGUCAACAGAUAUUACGAAGUUAAUGCACGAAAUUCUAUUAUAGAUGGAUUUUGCCCAUCAUUAGUAGAUUUGGAUAAUGCUAAAUUGGCUCUGAUAUUAACAAUCAUUGGUGGGUUUUCCGUUGACAGUGUACUAGAGGAAUGUAAGGAUAAUAGGUGGUCUAAGUAUGCUGAUAAAAGAAAUGAGCUAAAAAUAUCGCUUAACUCAAGCAGUUCUAAAGAUGGGUGUUCGGUCAAAAAGAAAAAAGGAUCAAGAACACAAUGCCACAUUUUGUUUGUGGGUGAUCCCGGGACUGGCAAAUCACAGUUACUGAAGCACGCUGGAAAUUUAUCAUUUAAACACGUUUCUGUAUCAGGUACAAACUGUACUUCUGUUGGAUUAACAUGUACAUUGGUACGUGAUGGUCCAGAGGUCAUGCUUGCUGCAGGUGCUCUAGUGCUAGCAGCUGGUGGAGUUUGUAGUAUUGAUGAAUUCUCUUCAAUACGUGCUGAAGAUAAGUCCUGUCUUCAUGAGGCUAUGGAACAACAAAUAAUUUCUGUAGCAAAGGCUGGUAUAAAGUGCACCUUGAAUUGUCAAUGUACAAUAGUUGCUGCAUCGAACGUCAAAUUCUCCAAGAAUAAAUCGAUUUCGUCUGUAAUUGGUAGAGAAGUAGGAUCAUCUUUUGAUAAUACAAAGAUUCUGAAUAUAAACGUUCCAUUACCAUUAUUAUCUAGAUUCGAUCUGAUAAUGGUAUUCACUGACAAUUCUACAAAUGACAUUGAUUUAACUGAAUUCUUACUUAGCGAACCCACUAAACAAAAGGUUGUUUAUGAUGAACAUGAUCAACCUAUACUGGACUGGUCGGUUGGGUCGACAGUAAAGGACUAUGUAAACUUUGUAAAGGAAAACAUUUUCCCAUCAUUAACAAGUUCAUCAAAGGCACUAAUAGACUCUUAUUACAUGGAAUUGCGGAAAUGCUCCAUGGAAUCAAAGUAUGGAGGUGGACCCACUGUUAGAACAAUAGAGAGCUUGGUUCGACUGUCACAAGCACAUGCUAGGUUAAUGUUUAGAAAUAUAGUAACACUAUUCGACAUUGUUUCUGUGAUCUGGAUAUUGGAAUUUGGCUUACAAGGGUUUAGUAUAGGUUGUAACAAUGGAAAUGAACAAAUUUUAGAUCGUCAAGGACUAUUUCCAAACAUCAAGCAAAUUUUCAAUAGCUACACAGAAGAUACAUCUGAUGAAUCUCUUAUUUUUAUUGGUAACAAAAGGAUUUGUUACAAAAUAACCAAUGGUAUUCAAACAGAAGGCAUGUACGAUUUCUUUGAAAGCUUACUCCUUUCAAGACUAUCAUUAAAAAAGGUAAAAUCGCGCUUGGAAGAAGAUGGAAUUGCCUUGAUUCCAGAAGGAGAAAACCAAGCAUAUUGA